UAUUUCCACUUGGUGUUCUGUCCCGGUUGGUUUACUCGUCCUUCAUGCACCGGUCCCUGAACGCACCUCCUCCUUCCUCAGGGUGAGUUCUGCACGCGGGUCAGGACUCUGGAGCCACCCGGAGGAGGAGGGUUACAUCAGAGCGGGACGGGGUUGGGUGUUGUUUUUCACUCAUUCUGGCACACCCUCCGUCCUCCCCAGCAUCCUGCCCAGAGCCUCCAGUCGUUCCCAGUGAGACCGAGCAACAGGUAGAGCGGCAGCAGCAGCGAACAUGCCGAGUAAGAAGCAGCAUCUGCGGCCGCGGCUGUGCUCGCUGCUGAAGGGCGACAACGGCUACGGCUUCCACCUGCACGGAGAGAAGGGCAAGACGGGCCAGUUCAUCCGCCUGGUGGAGCCGGACAGCCCGGCAGAGUCCUCGGGUCUCCGCGCCGGAGACCGACUCGUUUUCGUCAACGGUGAGGACGUGGAGACCGAGAGCCACCAGCAGGUCGUGUCCCGGAUCCGAGCCACGGCGGGCCGACUGGAGCUGCUGGUGGUGGACCCGGACACGGACCUGCUGCUGAAGAAACACAACCUAAAGUGCCUGAAGGAGUUCGUCUCCGAUGGUCUCCCGUUACCGUUCGAGGACAACGGAGAGGAGGAGGAGACGCAGGAGGACGAGGAGAAGAAAGACGAAGAGGAGGAGGUGGUGGUGUUGGUGAAGGAGGACGUAGAGGUGGACGGGACUGAAAACGGGAACGCGAGGCUGGAGGAGGUGAAAGUUCAAGGAGAAGUAGAAGAAGAGGAGGAUGAGGUGGUGGUGGUGGAGGAGGAGGAGGAGGAGGAGCAGGCGGAGACACCCAGGGAGCUGACCCCCGUCCCAGAGAGGAACGGGGAGAUCCUCGGACACGUGGAGGAGAAGCUGAGCAUCAGCUCUGAGAAGGAGGUGCGAACCGAACUGAGGCCACGUCUGUGCGUGAUCCGGCGAGGUUCCAACGGAUAUGGCUUCAACCUGCACAGCGAGCGCGCGCGGCCAGGCCAGUACAUCAGAGCUGUGGAUGAAGACUCUCCGGCUGAGAGGGCAAGCCUGCAGCCCAAGGACAGGAUAGUAGAGGUGAACAACAUCCCGGUUGAAGGGAAGACACAUUCGCAGGUGGUUGCUGCCAUUAGAGCUGGCAGUGACGAGGUUCGGUUGCUGGUGGUGGAUCCCGACACGGAUGCCUUCUUCAAGAGAUGCAGAGUGACCCCCACCGCCGAGCACCUGACGGGUCCACUGCCAGAGUCCGUCGCUAACGGAGACGUGGAUGAGAAGAUAAACAGCAGAGAGGCCAAAGCAGACGAGAGAAACUCUAAAGUGUCUGUCAGUCCUUCGCCCUCCAACGCCUCUUCCAACACGUCGCUCACAACCCCGACCACAAGUACCCCACCUGAGGGUCCGAUCACAGAGGCCAUCCCAGGUCUGAACCUCACCCUGCAACAGGUCAAAGAGUUGACUCACCAGAAACGCUCCAACAAGAGAGCCCCGCCCAUGGACUGGACCAAGAAAAACGAGCUUUUCAGCAACCUAUAGGACAUCCCGUUUCACCUGGAUCACACACACACUUUUAUUCCCUUCCAAGAGACGGAGAGAGAUUUUUAUUAUUGUGGCAUUACGAGAGAGUUGCAAGAGGAAGGUUAAUGCUGUCGUGUAAAGUAUACUAUUCUUAUUGUGUUUAUUAUAACCAAAAUGUUAUAUUGUUUAUGUGCUACUAACCAGAUAAGUCCAUCAGAUCUUUACUUCAUGCUGAGUGUGUGUGUGUGUGUGUGUGUGUGUGUGUGUGUGUGUGUGUGUGUGUGUGUGUGUGUGUGUGUGUGUGUGUGUGGUGGCUGUAGAAACCUGAAGCAGUUUAAUGACUUUCAUUUCAAAACAAGUCUACGUGUCUUCAGUCAGAACGACCACAAAUAAACAGCCGUACAAUCAGCAACAUUAAUCAAAUGUUGGAUCUUUUCAAAACAAAAUGAUUUUUGAAGUAUUUUUUAUUUCUUCUUUUUUUAAAAAUUACUGACGAUCGCCUUGUUUGGAUACUGACGGCUUUAGACUGGAAAUACUUCUAAAUUUACAUUUCUGCUCUUGUUCUAUACAUGUAAAUACAUAUGUAUAUUUUUAGAUUUAUGACCUAAAUUUCAGAAUUACGUUUGAUACAUACUUUAAUAAAUGUGAACCACUUUGCUUAAUGAGUAAAUGACAUUUAUUAGUCUGUACGGUAACUGUUUUGGCUGCUCAUGUGAGCAUUUUGACUUUGUGUUUUGCAUGAACGGGGUUAGGGCGACAUUUUUACGCAUAUGUCUGCGUCUUAGAUCAUGUCCCUCACGGUGAAGGUGAUUUAAACUGAAUACGUGAAGGCAUCAGAGGAAGGGGUUUGUUAUUGCAAGCAAUAUGCUUUUACCUGCCUGUAACGACAUUAUUGCUGUCAUAUCUGAGAAAAAAUAAAGAUGUUUCUGAGGCUGA